CCGUCGAAACGGUCCUGUGAUUGGUGAUCCGCUCGUUCCGCUUCCGCAUAUUCCGCUCCAUGGGACCGUACCCUAAGACGAUUUUAGGGACAUUCAGAGCACGUUAAAGAUGAUGUGGUUGGUUGACGCAAAUUACGUUUACACCGUAUGUAAAGCCACUCUGAGGGUGCAGUCCCAUAGAGCGUAUUACGCCUAAGCGGAACGAGCGUAUCACAAAUUACGGGACCGUUUCGACGGAAUUUUUGAAAGAGUUCUAUCAGAAUAAUCUCGUGUUGGUGUUCCGCUCGUUCUGCUUAUGCGUAAUACGUUCCAUGGGACUGCACCCUGAGGCUGAUGUCCCCUGGAGCGGAUUAUGCGGAGCGGAAUGAGGGUGCAGUCCCAUGGAGCGGAUUAUGCGGAAGCGGAACGAGCGGAUCACCAAUCACGGGAUUAUUCUGAUAGAACUCUUUUAAAGAUUCCGUCGAAACGGUCCUGUGAUCUCGUUCGCACAUGUGUACAAGUGCAAAAUCCACCUUUUGCACUUAUGCGCAUGCACGAGACCAUCUUUUGCACUUGUACGCAUGCGUGAACGAGAGAGAAAGGUAUUACCCAAAGCAUGCUAGCCUUUUCCCUCUGAAUCUUACCCCUACUCCCACAAUGCUCAGUCUAGAUAUAUUAUAGGCGAGUUUUUUAAUUUAUCGAUCAAUUGCAUUAUGCACAGAUGCUUUUCUCUGUAAAAACUUUUUUUGCGCAUCGUGCGAUUGAGUAAUCGAUGAGUUAAAAAACUCACCUUAUGUCUAUGGACGCGACAGACUCUUAUUGGGUGCGUUCCACUUAAAGCUUGCAACGACCGUGGAAUCAUUUUAUCCUUGUUGUUUAUCAAAUAUUAAACAAAGAUAAAUGACGCUCGCAAGCGUUGCGAGCGUUAAGUGGAACGCACCCAUUGUAGAUCCGCCCUAAUCCGCUUCAUAGGACCGCAACCCGAGUGGUUGCGCUGCUGGUUGCAAUGGCCGCAUUCAGCAAACUCAGCAGCUAAGUAGCAAUCGAACAUGAUUGGUUCUGACUUAUAGAACCAACAAAUCAACGGCAUUAUUCAACGGAAAAUCUAGUAAUGUUGCUCAACUACUGAGUCUGCUGAAUGCGGCCAAUGAGUCUUUAUUGCGAUUAGUUUUUGCUCUAGUUCUAUUAAAUAACUAAGACCAAGAACCAAUUGAAUUAAAAAAUCACUGCGCGGCAAACUGUAGAUGCAGACCAAUUGAGACAAAGGUUAAUAUGCGAUGUUCGAAGAUGUGGAUUUUUUAUUGUAUCUGCGCAUUUUACGGUAAAGAUAUCUGUCGUGAUGAAAAUUUAUAUUAAAAUUUACAAGGAAGUUGUAAAAAUUCUAAUAAUGUUUGCUUUAGUAAUGCUCACCAAUGGUACAUAUUACGUAUGUCCAUUAAAUGAUAUUUACGCAAGAAAAGGUAAUAAUUGCAUGUUGAAAAAUGCGCAGUUAAGAACAAAGGCAUGCAUAAUGGCUGUUAACGCAAAUAUCGAGCAUCUUUCUAAAAUUAAAAAAAAUUUAAACCAUAAUAUUCCUCGAGUAAAAUUACAAUCUAUAAAUCUUUGCAAGUAUAAAACACUUAGCCGACAAAAGCCUCGAAUAAUUAAAUCUGAGGUACUUAAAAAAGGCCAAAAAAUAAAAAUAAAAAAUAAAAGUAAAACUAAUCAGCAGGCGCAAGAAAAACUAAAGACUACAUCUGAAGAAUACAAUCUCUCUGAUAUGAUUCUUACAAAUGAUUUUUCAAAUGCUAUACUACAAAUAGACACUGUGAAUAAUGAUAGCUCGUCCACUGAUUUAUGUUUGAAUAUUCAAACAAGAAUAUUGGAAAAAUCUAAUACUCGAGAAACAUUAGAUACAUUGGUUGAGAGAUCAAAAACCAACACUGAUGAAGACAAUUAUAAGAUUCUUACAAAUGACUUUUCAAAUGCCGCAUUACAAACAGACACUGUAAAUAAUGAUAUCUGGUCCACUGAUUUAUGUUUUGAAAAUAUUGAAACAAGAGUAUUGGAAAGAUCUGAUAAUCAAGAAACAUUAAACAUGUCGGUUGAGAAAUCAAGAACCAAUACUGAUGAAGAUAAUUAUAUGAUUCUUACAAAUGACUUCUCAAAAAGUACACUACAAAUAGGCAUAAUGAAAAACAAUAGCUCGUCCACUGAUUUAUGUGUUGAAGAUAUUGAAGCAAUAAUAUUGGAGAAAUCUGAUACUCAAGAAACAUUAAAUAUGUUGGUUGAGAAAUCAAGAAAAAUACUGAUGAAGAUAAUUAUAUGAUUCUUACAAAUGACUUCUCAAAAAGCACACUACAAUAGGCACUAUGAAAAACAAUAGCUCGUCCACUGAUUUAUGUGUUGAAGAUACUGAAACAAUAAUAUUGGAAAAAUCUGAUACUCAAGAAACAUUAAAUAUGUUGGUUGAGAAAUCAAGAAAAAAUACUGAUGGAGAUAAUUGUAAGUUACAUUUAAUAUACUAAUAUUAUAAAUGUUAAACAUAUUCAAUUGUCUUUCUUAUUACAUUAUCUCAUUUUACUUUAAGUAAAUUGAACUAAAAUAACAGAAUGUAUGUUUCGUAUCUUCCAACAAUUGUAUUCCUUAUCUUAAUUUAAAUUAUUUUGUACAGGGACUUAGACCGAAAUCAAAUUAUGAUUCGGUUUCAGUUACGGUUUAAUAAAAUAUUUGAAAACUGUACCGAUUCAAUUUCAGUAUAAUAGGUUCAAAUUUCUUGAUAAAUAAAGAAAAUCAAAAACCGUUUAA